UUUCCCAAAAUCGAUUCCCCCCAUCCCCAGAAAUCUUUCUUUUUUCCCCAUUUUAUUUUUCCCAAAUCAUCUCUCCCCUACCCCGAUUCCCUUUAUUUUUCCCCCCUAUUUCCCCAAAUUGGCAGCCCUCUGCAUCUCCUCAAAGGGUACAGAUUCUUCUUCUCUUAUAGUUAAAAAGCUGUCAUUUUUCAACCAAAUCCAAACCCUAAACUGCGUCUCUCCCAAUUUCUUCUUCACUUUGAGGUUUUCUUGUAAGAGUUUAUAGAGAGGUGAGACCAAGUAAUUAUGGGUUACAACAGAGAAACCAAAGUAACGAAAAAGGUGGAUAUAGGUGGGAUCUUGGGUAACCGAGAUUCGAAGCUAGGCAAAUCAAGCAUACCCAGGAGACGACAAUGGGUUAAAAGAAGAGAAACAUGGGUGGUUAUACUUGGUGUCAUCCUCCAUGCCGUUUACAUGUUAAGCAUUUUCGACAUCUACUUCAAGACCCCAAUUGUUCAUGGCAUGGAUCUUGUCUCCCAUCGCUUCUCUCCUCCUGCUAAACGCCUUGUUCUUCUUGUUGCUCCAAAAUGAUAUGCAGUGUCCACAAGAGUCGGAUUUGUCAUUCCAAUUAGCCAAAGAAACACUGGAUACAAUGCUGAAGUCUGUGUACAGUAUAAGAGAUCAGUUGUUGAAUAUGGGUGAGACAUAAAAUGGACUUUUCUGCCUGGAAAUCAAUGUAAUGUAAUUUACCGUUUGUACGCAUAAAAUGGUGCAGGCAAACUACUUCCCUCAAAAUCAACUGCUUUUUUUUUUUUAAAAAUAACCUGCAUAUGUGAAGAAAGCAGCGGAUCAUGUUGCGUUGACUUUUCAUUUUCCCCUAAACUUUAAACUCUCCGUCAAACAACCGGUUAACUGCUGGAAUCUUGCGGUUGCUCAAGCUUGAAAAGUCACUUGGCAAAGAAGCCAUGAAUAAAUUUAGCAACCUCGGAAUCGAGGGUUUCGAAAAGAUUUUCUCAUCUGAUAAGCUCAGUCAAGGCAGCAAGCUUCAAAGUAUCACAACAUUGGCUUUGCUUGCGGAGGCAGUUUCAGAUUCACAAGCCAAGUGUGCCGCUCUCAUCACUGAAUCAUCUAAUUCAGAGUCUUCCCAGGCUGGUGCUUCUUUGGAAUCUCUUGCUAAGGGUACUAAGAACUCAAUGGGCUUGUCAACAAUUGCACUGAAUUGCACAGAAGGUGAACGGUUGUAGUAGAAGAUCUCAUGGGAAUUUAGUUUAAUUGAUGAAUGCUACUGUGGUAUAACAGCAAAAAUUGUGAGAGUGGAGGUGGGGGAAAGAAGAUGAAAGCAAAAAGGGAACUUGGUGAUAGUGUAGACGGGGAACGAGACUUAAAAUGGCAGAGGGUUGUGGAUUCACCAUCUUCACCUCCUGAAGAGUCACUUGUGCCUUAUAAUGACGAUGAAGAUGAUGAAGGAGAAAAUUGAAUCACAUAGGCAGCAGAGAAGAAGAUGGUCAUAGAGUUGAAAGUGAAGAAGAAGAUGAAGAUGAUCCAUAUGGGCUAGGAUCAACUCCAGGGAGGUCAAAUCACCAUUUUAGUAUAUAAAUUUUCAAGUUUAUUACUGUGCAUUUUGAACUUGUGCAUUUUUUUUUUGCAAUCAAUUAGUUGCACUAUUUGAACUUGUAAUUUUGCUAUUUAAAUAUUAACAUGAUUUUUAAAUAUUUUAACUAAAAAAUUAAUUUA